UUUUUCCCCUCCUCCUCCAUCCCCUCCGCACCGUACAAAGGCAGCAAGGUGGCCUCGCAGCGCAAAAAGAGCUUUGUUUUAAAAAUGCCCAUGGAGUUGACGCAGAGCCGCAUCCAGAAGAUCUGGCUGCCCAAUGACAACCGGCCAGCCCUGCCCCGGCGCUCCUGUGGGCCGCAGCUUGCCAACUCGCCCACCGUGAUAGUGAUGGUUGGCCUUCCAGCCCGUGGGAAGACCUACAUCUCCAAGAAGCUUACUCGCUACCUCAACUGGAUCGGUGUCCCCACGAAAGUUUUCAACGUGGGAGAGUAUCGCCGUGAGGCAGUGAAGCACUACAGCUCCUACGACUUCUUCCGCCCUGACAACGAGGAGGCCAUGAAAGUCAGGAGGCAAUGCGCCCUUGCUGCCUUACGGGAUGUCAAGCUGUACCUGACAGAGGAGGCUGGCCAGAUUGCGGUUUUUGAUGCCACCAAUACAACACGGGAAAGGCGUGGGAUGAUCUUGAAUUUUGCCAAAGAAAAUGGAUUCAAGGUUUUCUUCAUUGAGUCCGUCUGCAAUGAUCCCACUGUAGUAGCUACCAAUGUCAUGGAAGUGAAGUUGUCCAGCCCAGAUUACCGGGACUGUAAUUCGACCGAUGCCAUGGAGGACUUUAUGAAGAGAAUCAAUUGUUACCAGGCCAGCUACCAGCCACUUGACCCGGAUGACUAUGAUCGGGAACUUUCUCUCAUCAAAGUCAUCGAUGUUGGCCGGCGGUUCCUGGUCAACAGGGUUCAGGAUCAUAUCCAGAGCAGGAUCGUUUACUACCUAAUGAACAUCCAUGUCCAGCCUCGCACCAUUUAUCUAUGUCGGCACGGUGAAAGCGAGUUCAACCUCAAGGGGAAGAUUGGAGGUGACUCGGGGCUCUCCAACAGGGGUAAAAAGUUUGCAUUGGCACUGAACAAGUUUGUUGAAGAACAGAACCUAAAGGACCUCAAAGUCUGGACCAGCCAGCUAAAGAGGACAAUACAGACAGCAGAAGCUCUCCAACUGCCCUAUGAGCAGUGGAAGGCACUCAAUGAAAUAGAUGCUGGUGUUUGUGAAGAAAUGACGUACGAAGAAAUCAAGGAGCAGCAUCCAGAGGAAUUUGUUUUACGUGAUCAGGAUAAAUACUACUACCGUUAUCCUUCUGGAGAGUCCUACCAAGAUCUAGUGCAGCGACUAGAGCCAGUCAUCAUGGAGCUGGAGAGACAAGAGAAUGUCCUUGUGGUCUGUCACCAGGCUGUCAUGCGCUGUCUCCUGGCUUACUUCCUUGACAAGAGUGCAGAUGAAAUGCCCUACCUGAAAUGCCCCCUUCACACAGUGCUGAAGCUGACCCCAGUAGCUUAUGGAUGCCGGGUAGAGUCCAUCUCUCUGAAUGUUGAAGCUGUGAACACCCACAGAGAACGGUCAGAGGAAGCAAAGAAGGGACCUAACCCGCUCAUGAGACGUAAUAGCGUUACCCCUCUAGCAAGCCCAGAGCCCACCAAAAAACCUCGCAUCAACAGCUUUGAGGAGCAUGUGGCUGUUUCUUCCACCCUGCCAGGCUGUGUUCCUCAGGAAGUGUCCACGCAGAUGCCGGGACAACCUUUUCUAGGGAAGGCAUGCCUACGACCCGUUUGUCACUUUCUCAAAGUUUUCUCUUUACUAAUAUUUCCAAGAACAUGAACAACUCGCAGAAGCUGUCGUGAUGCGGUCCCGAGCCCAGCAGCGACGCCGGCUCCCAUCCCAUCGUCAUUUCUGCAGCUUGCUUGUAACCUGCUCUUCCUUGGCCACAGCUGCUUCCACCCCCAAAACUCGGUCACCAGCGAGCAGGGCCACCGAGCGACGGGAGGAGGAGGAGGAGGAGGAUGCUCCAGGGCCGAAGGCGGAUUCAUCACCUGAGGCCAGGGCUUGGCGCCGCUCUCCUCUCCAGUGCGCUGUUGUAGCAAGCUGUAAAGUGCUUCUCAUGCAAGGGAGGUUUCCAGACUUAAUUUUCAUGCGUAGGCAUUUUUUUUCCCUUUUUCUUCUUUUGAUGUUUUUUUUUGUAUAGAUGAUUGGUACUGAUCCAUCUCACGUAGAGUUGUAUAUACAUGAAUAGGGCAGGCUUAGCCGAGAAAGAUGGGGUUGGGGGGACAAAGGGGUUUCUAAUUUUCUUUUUUAUUAUUGUUAUUAUUAUUGAUGUUAUUAUUGUUAUUAUUUUCUAAGAAGGCCCCCAAAGCACUGUGCUGUGGUCCUUUCUGCUGCAGCCCAUCACACGCACACAUCUGGUCUCAACAGUGCACGCACAAUGCAUGCAAGGAGGGAGACUUGCAAGGAAGGAUGUCUCAUGAAAUCCUUCAAAGCAAAAACUGCUGGUUUUAACCAAAAAAAAAAAAAAUUAGAAAUUCAGGGGGUCUUUGGAGCUCCAUAAGAUAGGCUGAACUGGGUGCGUGCUGCAGAUGUGCAGGUCUCUCAGAGGCGACCACAGGUCUUGCUGAGGUGCAGAAGUUCACAUGUGGCUACAAAGAGCCACGCCAAGAGACACUUACUUAUUCAUGACUUUUUUUUUUCUUUUUGAUUUAAUAUGUGUACACGCACGUGCGUGUUUGCGGAUAUGUGUGCACCUGGAAAGCGCUUGGUUUUUGCACUUUAUUUGUGAAAGGAGUGUAACUAUUUUAUUUUUUCUUUUCUUGCUUUUUCUUUUUCCCCCCAAGACUUGCCCUUUUUUGCUGGGGAAGCCUAGCCACUGCCUUGUUUUUUGGGGCUGCAAAUCUGAGAUGUUGGCAAAGCAGCUGUUGCGGUGGCAGGUGCUGGCUUAGGGACUUGCUGUCACAAUAACCAGCUUCCAGGGGGUUUUCCCGGCACAUUCUCAACAGCCCAUCCCAGGCCACAAGAUGAAGGGUUAAAAAUGCCAAUUAACCACUACCAUUUUGUGCAAAAGUCUGUGGACGCUGCUGCUUUUUUUCUUUUUUUUUUUUUUCCCUUUUUUUAGGGCUUUUUUUCCCCCCCUUUUUAGCAAAGGGGAACCGCAGUGCCUCCUGUACAGAUGAAAAAAAUAAUAUAUAUUUUUUUUCCUUUACAUUUAUUUUUAUUCUUUCCCUCCUUUCUCAAUACCUGCCUUGAAGGCAGGCUCCUCUGGGUGUGCUGCGUGUGUUUGACACUUUUGCUCUUCUGAUUUUGGUCCCCUCCUGCCUACUCCCCAAAUUUGAGACUGGUUUAUGUUUCGGGAGGGCAAGUCCCUUGUCUCCCUGGCCCAUUUCCAGG